AGUUGUCUAAUCAGCCGUUUGCAGAGUGUUACCGUGGACCUAAAUACUUUAUUCCGGUCUUAGCAAUACAGAUUUGAAAUCAUGGAAAAGCAUGCGAUGUUUCUGUUGUUGAUAUCGUUUGCAGCAUCUUUCGCCCAGAAACCGGUUGUCAGGCCACUGAAUAUUGCACACCGUGGCAGCUCCGGUAGAUUACCUGAACACACCGUUGAGGCAUACAGGUUGGGUGUUGAAGAUGGCGCAGACUACAUUGAAUGCGAUGUCUGUAUCACCAAGGAUCUGGUGCCCAUUUGCCGCCACGAGAGCUGGCUGAAUCACACCACUAAUGUCUGGGAAAACCAAACCCUUCACUCCAAAGUGAAGACUUACAACGUGUUCCAACCUUAUUCAAACACUACUAAGACUAUCACCGACAUCUUCACUGUGGAUCUCACUUUGGCAGAGAUCAAAACCAUCGGCGUUAAUCAGAAGUAUCCAUUCAGAGAUCCAAAUUUUAACGGCUUGUUUAAAAUUCCUACACUUCAGGAGUACAUUGAUGUCGCCAAAUCUGUCAACAGAGUUGUAGGAAUAUACCCUGAGAUUAAAAAUCCAGAGUGGGUAAAUUCGUUAGAAAUUUUGCGAAGUAAAAACACAACUUUCGAGGAUGUGGUUCUCGACGUUUUGCACAAGAAUGGAUAUCGUAAAAAAGACUCCCCUUGUUAUGUACAGUCUUUCAGCGAGAAAAGCAUUAGAGAAUUGAAGACGAAAACCGAGCUGCCUUUGGUGAAACUUUUUGAUUAUCCCUUUCCUGAAGCAAAGCUCCAAGAAAUGUCCUCUAUCUGUGCUGGUAUUGGUGUUUGGAAGAACCUGAUUAUACCACAGCUUAAUGGUUAUCUGCAGAAAACAACUGAUCUCCUCACCAAUGCACGCAAGAACAACCUGGUGGUUCAUGCUUACACGUUCAGGAACGAAGACAAAUACUUGGCGUGGAAUUACACCCAGGAUCCUUAUAACGAGUAUCAAAAGUUCUUUGAUCUUCAGGUUGAUGGAUAUUUUACAGAUUUCCCUGCCAGCCUCAAGCGAUUUUUGGAUAUGAAAUUCACUUCUGAACUGACGCCAAAACCUUGUCCCAGUGGCGUCCCUGGGACACACAAGGGUGGGUAUCCUGUGCCAGCUCUUGUUCUCAUCGUCACGCUUAUCCAUAAGUUUCUCAAGUAGGCAAUUACUUGGUUUUUCUUUUCGUUCUGCUUUUUCCUACUUGCCAAAUAUUCGAACCUUAUAAAUUCAGUUUACUGAACAAUUUUUCAAUUGGGUGUCAAAAGUAGUCCAGGUAUCAUUGGUUGGUUUUACCUCGCUCUGUCAUUGGUACAUGCAGAACACCCGUACCACCCUCUCAACCAAUUAGAUGCGAAAGUAAUUUCAACUGCGUCCUGGUCACGCGAGAUUCCCGCGCUUUUAUCGAUAAGAGCUCCAUUACCCCAGUAAUUUCAAUUUCUCCAGAGAUGCAUGCAUAUUUGAGUUAUUUUUUCGCUUCUUGACGGAAUUCCUUCGCAUAGAAUGAAUUCUUCACCUAGUUGUUCAGGAGUUUAGGAGAACCCUAAAGACGUGAUGGCAGAACAAAAAAACUGAAAGUGGUUUCGGACGAAUACGAACACAGAUUGCAAUCGACAUGCUGAAACAUCUUAGCUGAAGUUUUAAAAAUUGAAAAACGUGAGUAGUUCGGGCCUCGAGGAGAA